AAUGAGAGCAGCUCAUUAGAGGAGGCAGCCACUGGGCGGGCCGGAUGUCUCCCACGUGAGAGCUGAUGUAAACUUAUUGAGGUCAUGUUAGCAUCAGAGCCUCUUGUCCAACAAACGCUACUCUACUUCUGAACGAGGUACAACGUCUUGGAAUCAACACAGAUUCAUCGGAUUACAAUAUCCUUCUAGUAGGCGUCAAAAAUGUACUUCUAAUGGACGAGAACCUGGGAACUACCUCUGAAGUUAUCAACAUGUCCGGCUCACAAGAAAAGAUGACCCCCGGGGAGCUGCCCCCGCUCGUCAAGUCAGACGAUCACGUGAUGGAAGGGUUCCGGAGCCCGGCAUCCUCCCCUGGAUCCCCCCCGUCCGGAGAGGUCUCCCCUCGUAGCACAGACUCAUUAUCAGUCAGAGAAUCAGACAGUUAUCCCCAGUAUUCAGUCCCUAUGUUAGUGGAACAAUCUCUCCCUGAAACUACAACCAUAACUCGCAGCCCCCAAUUAACCCCACCCCAAUCAGACUCCAUCACCUCGACCCUGGCAUCAGAUAUCAGCUCGCAAGUUUCCAACAUUGCCACAGUGUUCACGGGACAAUUAGACACCUCCUCCCUUCACUCCCUUAACUUUCUAUCAGACUUGUCCCUGCUCCCCAGUUUACAGUUGAGCAACAUUCGGGGUAACCUGAACGACAUCCCGCUAAUCAGUAGUAGCACCUCCAUGAUCAGCAGUAACACCUCCAUGAUCAGUAGUAACCGUGACCUGGCUCCCGUUGAUCCCUGUAACCGUAACCUCGACAAACCAGACGGGAUCGUGAGAUCUUAUAAGAAAGUGUUCAGGUGUGAGUACGGGAACUGUAACAAGUUCUACCACAAGUCGUCCCAUUUGAAGGCUCACAUCCGGACCCACACGGGCGAGCGACCCUUUGUUUGCACGUGGGCAAACUGCGGGAAGCGCUUUGCACGUUCUGACGAAUUGACGCGGCACACGCGCACUCACACCGGAGAUAAGCGGUACUGCUGCACGUACUGCGACCGUAGGUUUAUGAGAAGCGACCACUUGUCCAAACACAUGAAGCGACACGAAAACAGAAACUCUAAACUUAACCAACCUCUAAACACGUCAUACCUCAGCAAGGCCAUGGAUAUUGCGAUAAAAAACGUUAUCAGCAGCGAAAUGGAUUGUAGUCUGAGCUCACAACUCAGCGACUCAGAGAAAUCUCAGUUUGGUGAUUUGGAGAGCACAUUCAAAUCUCAGUACGGUGAGCUUGAAGACAGUUUUAGUUCAGAGUGCAGUACAGUUAAGAUCGAAAGUGAGGCCACAAAAACUAUGUUGGAGGGGUUUAUGAAGCUAAACAGUAUAAAUUUGACCACGGCAAAAGCUUCUGAUGCUUAGAUAUUUUCGCAUAAUAUAUUAUGAUAUUUCUUGUAAUACUUUUUAAAAUUUGUUGACAUAUUAAAGAUGAUACAGUAAGACGUUAACUAUUAUAUUUACUAAUAACAGAUGAACU